CAACAACCAUGGCAACAGAAAGAAAAUGUCCGACUCUCUGUGUGAGACCAUGAAUGAGACUUUGAGUGAGGCGACACAUUGGGGGAACGGCUGUGAUAAUCGGAUGAAAAAAGCAGUGGUGGUGUUGACCAGACUCCCAGAUUAUAAGAUCAGCGCUCUACGGCCUCCGACGCCUCUGCAGUUCUACAGUGAAGACGAGUCCCUCAGCAGCUCAGACUCUGAUAUGCAGUGGGAGCCCGGAGAUGAUAGUGAUUCAGAUAAUUCCGUGUCAAACCACAAACUGAACACGGUAAAGAGCGAAGCAACGAGAGCACACGCAGCGUCAACAAGCAGCAACAACAACGGGAGCGAAAUGAUGCCCACCACAGGCUUUGACCCUGACACAAAGGUCUGUCCUAACUUGCCACAGGAAGAGGUCAAAGUGGACAUGGUGGUACUGGCCAGGAGGAGGCCCAUGACGUGGCAGCGGGGGAAAAUAGUGGAAAUAGUGACAAAGGAAGAUGGACGGUUAAAGUACAAAGUUAGUUUUGAAGAAAGGGGGAAGAGCCUCGUCUCUGGACACCACAUCGCCUUUGACCGAACACCGACGCUGGAGCAGCUGUAUAUCGGCGCUCCUGUGGCGAUCCAGUGUCAAACCAACAAGCUCCUGUUCCAGCCUGGUAUUUUAGCAGAACUCCCAAGUAGAAAGAACCACUUAAGGUUCUUGGUCUUUAUGGAUGACCACACACCGGCCUAUGUUAGUUUACCUCUUCUUCACUUGGUGUGCCGACCAUUGGAGGACGUCCUCGAGAGCCUUCCUGACGACCAUCACAAGUGUUUCAUGAAGCGGUACCUGAGGGACUGGCCCUUCCCACAUUCAACCCAGUACAAAGCGGGACAGACCAUGCAUGUCGAGCUGAAUGGAGUCCAACAGAGUUGUGAGGUGCAAGAGGUCGACUGCAGCUUGAUACUGGUCCUUUUUGAGAAGAGUCAACUCGAGGAGUGGAUCUACCGUGGCUCUGUAAGACUGCAGCAACACAUGGGUAGGAUAUUGGAAUCGAAAGAGAAUGAAGGGAAGUGAUUUCUGAAUAAAAGCCGCAAGAAACGGGAAAAUAAAUGGGAUGCAUCCUGAGCAAUUUUACAUAAAAUUAUACAUUUUUCCACUCGUGCUGCAAGUUUUUGGGAAGCUGGAAAAACAGAAUUAGGCAUCGCUAUUUUGUUGGCUCUAAAUAUCCUUAAUAAGGAGAUCAUGUUUUCACUCCUGUAAUUUUUUUUGUUUGGUAAAUUGUUUCCAGCUAAAUUUUGCAAAAGAAUUCAAUGAAUUCCCAUUAAAUUUGGUGGAAUGGUGGGACGUGUGUCAAGAAAGAACCCAUUCAAGUGGAUUUGCACUAUUUAAUAUUGCAUUUUAUUUAAAUUAGUAGUAGUAUUAUUGUUUGUUACAAAAUUCUACAUUGUUUAUUGGCUCAAUUGUCAGCCCCAUUUAAAGAAAUGUAUUAAACAUACCAUUUUUUCAAACCUUA